GUGGUAGCUUACCAUGGUUACAAGUAUAUUAUAUAAUGCAUACCCUCCAUGACUCCUUUAUUUGAAGACAAAUUAUCAAGCUUUUGAAGUAAAAAAAAUUUCUUUCGAAUGACGCAGACAAAAUUUCAAACAUAUAAAGAAAUUUUACAACAAGCUAACCCAAAACUUUUUGCCUCAGAAAAAUACCAAGCUACUGGUGGGAGUGCCGAGCACUUUCCCACCAUGGCCGAAGUACUUGCUCAUCUUAAGCUAUUAAAGGCAUUCCAAGUGUUUAAGAUAAAAGUUGUGGGUAACCCUGUUGAUCUUAAUCCCGACGGAUCUUUUUCUGAAUUCACGGCUACACAAGUUAAAUACUGGCAAACAUAUCUCACCAAUGCUUCAAGAAGAUUCAUAAUUUACAUGUCUGCUUUGAAGUACAAAUUUAAACAAACUGACUCUUUUGGAAACGAGGAACAUCAAUUGAAUAUCUUCAAGGAGGGUCCCAAAGCUCGCGCGGUUGGGAAUUACCUACGAAAGUACAUUCCACCUUUGGAUGUGCUUAUGAUUUGGCACUCAUUCACUCUAAACCCCAAAUCCUUUUAUGACAAUGGGGUUAGAAACAACUUUUUGGAAUUCACUUUCUGUCCCUUCCCGUUGUACAAAACAUCUUUAGUAAUUGAUGGGGAUACAUUUGCAUUCAAGGCACUGGUUGCAAAUUCGAAUGCGUUUGAAGAACUCACUCGCAAUUUUGGUAUCAUGCUUAAAUAUGAAUAUAACUUUGAUAUGAGAAUGCUCUUCAGCAUAUUUUGUCCUGUUUGUGGUAACAUAUUGGUAACAUCUGUACCUCUUACAAAUAACAAAGCCCAAGGAUUCUCUGAUCCCGACUUUGCCAUGGAGCCUAAUGGAAGAUGCAAUUGCCACACCGAAUCACUGCAACCAAUUACUCACGCCACCCUUAGAAAAAGGCAGCUUGAAGCUGACAUCUUGAGAACAGGGCGUCCUUUACCCAAUGUGACCAAGUUUUGCUCAAAUCUACUCUCAAUCAAGAACGAUCGCAACAUGGCCCACGGAAUUGAUCAAAGCAUGAAGAAGACAGGUCUAUUAUACAGCAUGUUUUUGAUGAAUUCCCCUGAUAUCAAAUCAUUUAGUAACUUGCUCCAUGGCUGGUCACGGAAUGUAAGCAUUGAAGCAAAGUCACCAACAGCGCCUACAAGGAUAUUUCGCUUAUAUGAUUGUAUGAAUCUUAUUCAUUUGACUAUUCCACAAACGACUCGCGAGGUUGUGGAGAUCAGUGAAGACCUUGUGGCUUGCACAGUAAGACAAGAAAGAUUUGUAACGAAAAUGAAUUCAUUUAAUUGGCUCUCUUCUGAGAUAUUUCUUCAACAGAGUGUAAGUGAAAGUCUCAAGCGGUAUGAUAGAUUUUUUACUCUAAUGAGUGAAAAUUUAGGAAAAGCUAUGCUUGUACCUACAUUGGACAUCGAUUUAGUUUGGCAUACUCACCAGCUCAGCCCUGUAUACUACCUACAUUAUUCACGGGUUCGGACGCCAAUGAUUGUCAUUGACCACGAUGAUAAAGUCAAUGAACUGAAGAUUAGCGAGUGCUUCGAAAAUACUAGCCGCAUAUAUAAGACUAGGUACAAUGAAGAGUAUCUGGUUUGUUUCUGUUGGUAUUGCUCAGUUGCUCGCAAGAACUCGAUGCCAAUUGUUAGAAGUUUGUUUACCAAUGGUGCACUUCAACCAAUUAGCGCACUUUCAAGUUUAAAAGAUGCGAGAACUAACACCAACCCAUCGCACAUUCUGGCCCACAACGCAGUGAAAGUGAUUCGUAACUCCAGAAGGACAAGCACCAAAACUGGCAAGCCUUACAAUAUUCGCGAGAGGAGAGGGUAUCCAUGGAAUAACAGUAAUGCAGAAACAGUAGCAGUACAGGCUCACGGAGAUCUAUUUUCACUUCAUCCGAUAAUCGAGGAAGAAUAUCUUUGUCCGGGAGUGUCAAAUACCCAACCCACAUUUUUAUGCAAAACAGGAAGUGACUGUUUUGCAGAUUGAUUGAUUUACUUCUACAUGGAGGUCUGGUACCCCCUACAUACAAUUACAUUUAAAUAAACUAUAUGCCU